AUGUCCAGAAACCAUUUGGACCCAGAUUUCGAAUCUUCGAGGCCUGCCAGUGCGCCCUCAUACCUGUCCGACUCGAAUGCAGAUGGACUGACAGCGAGACUCUCAGACGUUGUAGUUUUGGCUGGUCUGAAUGAGAAAAAUCUGUCCACGACCCAUCUGGAGGUUGCCAUCAAUGGCGGGACAGCUCAGACGAGCGCUGUUGUCGAGGAUUCUGCCAAUCCGAAAUGGCUCCAGACAAACAUUACUGAAACGGAUGUCUCCAAGUACAAACGUACACCCUUCAUCCACUCUGCACGUUCGACUUCUCCGGAAGAGUCGCCUUGGGCGCUUAGGAAACCGUCGUCUUCUUGGAGAGUAUCGGGGCUUGAGACAGAGACAAAAGGAAAAACGGUCGAACUGACCAAACCCAAUGACCCAAAACCGGGGGCCAUCAAGUUAUCAUUUCAUCUGAUCAUCAACGAUAGUCCUCCGGCAUCUCUCGAGGAACUCGGAUUAGACGCUGUCACGGUUUCUCUCGCUGAUACUCGAUUGGCUCUCGUGCGGCUCCAAGCUGGAACCACCGCAUUGACGGUCUCCAACACUGUGGACACUGCGAUCUCUGUAGAAAGCCAUGCUCAGUCAGUGACUGAAGGUGCAAAGAACCUCGACAGUGAACAGGUGAUCGGGAUUCUGGUGGCAACAUUGGACGCCGUGAUCAGUGUGGGAGACGAGCUAGCCACGGCACAUCCGGUGAUCAAAGUUGCUUGGACUGCCAUAACCUAUCUCUACAAGGCUUGCAAGAACCAGCAGGAGCUUGACGAAGAGGCUCGACAGCUGGCGGAAGAUAUUUCUGUCAUGCUUGCUUACGUGGCUGCAUGCAAGGAUCUACAGCCAGUGGAUGGAACAGAGAAUAUCAUCUUACGGGCUGUGCGCUUGACUCAGGAGGGUGUUUGCCUGAUAGAUCUGUUUUUUAGGCAGCAUAAUUUUGCAGUGCGUGCAAUCAUCGCCCCAUUCGCCGACACGAAGAGCCACCUGGAAGAGUGUCGACGCAAGGUGUGCAAGUUGCGGCAAGAAUUCGACACUGCUAUCGUAGUUGAUAUCUGGAAGCGAGGCGACGUCAGGACGCAAAAAGCGUUGCAAGAUCAGAAGAUCGUAUUGUUGCAGCUGCCCUUUGCCAAAGAUGCGACUUGGGAUUCUAGCCAAGCUUGCAUGCCCGGAACUCGUACUGCUCUGCUGGAGAACUUCUGGUCUUGGUUCUACACUGAUUCCGAUAAAACGAGCAUCUCCGUGCUCACGGCACCUCCAGGGGCUGGAAAGACUGCCUUUGCGCAUAAAGUCGCUUAUGAUGCGUCAGAUUCGGGGAUAACCAUCCUCUCGUUCUUCUUUGACCGCACAUUCGACAAUAGGAAUCAUCCGCGAGCCUUCGUAGGAACCAUCAUCCACCUCCUCAGCGGCCUCAAUCCGCAGUUCAUGACCUCUCUCUGUAGCACUCUAGAUACGAAGCUAGAGCUUACAGCCGCGUCACCUGUGCGCCAGUUCAACGAGCUUGUAGUGAAGCACGCUGCUACAUUUGCCAAUCAGCACAUACUUUUGAUCAUAGAUGCUUUGGAUGAAUGCUCGGAGCAUAGUGACGAUCUCAUGGCUAUUAUUCGUGACCAGCUCCCUGCGCUUCCUCCGUCUUUUCGUGUCUUGGUUACUUCCCGGUCAGAGAAGCCUCUCCUUCGACGCAUGCAAUCAAUACAACAUGUUCACCAUCUCACAGUCGAGCUCGACGGUGCAGAGAACCGAGCGGACAUAUCCACCUAUGUCCGUAAACGAUUUCAUGUAAUUGCGUUUGAACACGGCUUAAAAAACUCGUGGCCUGGCGAGGAGCGAUUUCAGUCCUUCGUUGAGAAAGCCGGUGGUCUCUUCGCUUGGGCAUCCGUGGCUCUCGACUAUAUUGGGCGAGCCAAACUCUUCGGACGAGACGAAAAGCUUAAAGACAUCCUCUCGCAACGGUGUACACUCAUCACACCUGUUCAGGAACGGAUGGAUGAACUAUAUAUAACUGUCCUCGGGGCGUGCGAGUGGGGUGAUGUCGACUUCGUCCAAGGCUAUCAGCAUGUCAUGGGCUCCAUGGUGGCUUUACGGCAGCCCUUGUCGAAAUCAUCUCUAGAGAGUCUUUUGAACAACACGACUGGUGUUGUCGUUGAAGUCCUCGACAUUCUGUCGCCACUCUUCACUGAGUGGAAGACGGAUGAUACACCGAUUCAGCUCCUUCACCUUACGCUCCACGAAUUCCUCGUUCAACAGGACCGAUCUCAUGCAUACUUCAUUGACGAUGUCAAACAUUCUCGCAGGCUCGGACUGCGAUGCUUAGCCAUUCUUACAAAUACGUUCGAGGGUGGACUGCCUGGUCUGGGCUACGCCUCGUCCUGGGAUCCACACAUUGUUCGACCUCUUCCGUCGAUCUCCAUUCUCGAGAGUGUUGCAUACGCGUGUCGAUACUGGAUAGAGCACAUCUCCCUUGUGCAAUCUCCUAUAGAGCAGGAGUAUGUGGAUGCACUUGAGAUGCUCUCGCCUUAUGUUAUCUCCUGGGUGGAGCUUACAAGUCUCAGCGGCGCAUUUCCAGUUCUCACCGAGCUACGGGAAAAGAUUAUGGUUCUUGGCCUGGAAGACACAGAACUUGCGAAAAGUCUCUCCUCCUCCACGUUUGCAAAUUCUCUGUCCAAACUCUCCAACUGUCUCACAGAUGUUGGUCGACGAGAGGAUUCCUUGAGGGCUAUUGAUGAAGCGGUUUACAUUCACCGCCAGCUUGUGAAAACCCACCCCGAUGUAUUUGACCCUGAUCUUGCCGGAUCUCUCACUAAUCUCUCAGCCCGUCUGCUACGUGUCGGUCGUCGUGAGGAUGCUUUGAAAGCGAUCGAAGAGGCGGUUCAUAUGUAUCGUGAGCUUGUGCAGGUCCGCCCUGAGGUUCUCAAGCCACAGCUAGCCAUAUCUCUCAUUAACCUCUCAUUAGUCCUGUCGAGUGUUGAUCGUCGAGAUAGCGCUUUGCAAGUGAGCAGAGAGACUGUUCAGGUUUACCGCCAACUCGUCCAGGACCGUCCUCACGCAUUCAGUCCCAACCUUGCCUUGUCUCUCAACAACCUCUCUAAUUAUCUGGAAGAUGUUGGCCUUCCAGAGGAGGGUUUGACAGUGGCCGAGGAAGCGGUUCAAAUUUACCGAGAGCUUGUGCAUGACCGUCCCGGAGCAUUCAAUCCUGACCUCGCCAGAGCUCUCAACACCCUCUCAAGCCGACUUGCAAGCAUUGGUCGUCCAGAGGAUGGCCUCAAAACGAGUGAAGAGGCAGUCCACAUUUACCGCGAGAUCGUACAGGACCAUGCCCAAGCAUUCAAUCCAGAUUUCGCCUCGUCUCUCCAUAAGCUCUCCUGCCGAUAUUCAGAUAUCGGUCGUCGAGAAGACUCGUCGAAGGCGAUUGAAGAAGCGAUUGACAUAUAUCGCCAGCUGUCACAGGACAAUGCUGAGGCAUUCAAUCCAAGCCUCGCCAAAUGUCUCAACGAUCUCUCGAGUAGAUUGGCAGAUGAUGGUCAUCGAGAGGAUGCAUUGAAGGCAAUUGAAGAAGCCGUUGAGAUCCGCCGCCAGCUCAUGAAACACCACCCUGGAAUAUUCAAUGCGGACCUUGCUGGAUCUCUGAUUAAUCUCUCAACCCGGUCUAAAGACCUCGAUCGUCGAGAGGAUGCUUUGAGUGCGAUCGAGGAAGCAGUUCACGUCUAUCGUCAACUCGCACAGGACCGUCCCAAGGUAUUCAAAUUCUAUCUCGCCAUAUCUCUUAACAACCUCUCCGUGUGUUUUGCAGCAGCGGGUCGUCAAGAGGAGGCUCUGAGAUCUAUCGAGGAGGCGGUUCCCAUGUGCCGCCAGCUUGCGCAGGACCGCCCAAAUACAUUCAAUCAGUAUCUUCCAGAAUUUCUCAACACCUUUUCCAGUCGCUUGGUAGAUGUUGGCCGUCGAGAAGACGCCUUUAAGGCGAUAGAGGAAGCAGUCCUCAUCCUUCGACAGCUCGCACAGGAGCGCCCCAAUGUAUUCAAUCCAAAGCUCGCUGAGUCACUGCGCGACCUCUCCAACUGGUUUGCGGAUCCCGAUCAUCUAGAAGAUGGGCUGAGGGCGAUAGAAGAAGCGGUUGGUAUUUACCGCGAGCUGGCGAAGAACCUCCCCAAAGCAUUCAGUCGCGAUCUUGCCUUGGCUCUUAACAGCCUUUCAGCUCGCCUUGCAAGUGUCGGUCGUAGAGAAGAUGCUUUGGAGGCAAUCGAGGAAGCGGUUCGUAUCCACCGCCAGCUCGCGCACGACCUUCCCGUUACAUUCAAUCCAGAACUUGUCUUCUCGCUUUGCAUCCUUUCCUGCAGGUAUCAUGAUUCCAAUCGCCCGGACGACACCUUACGAGCCGCGACAGAGUGCCUUGCACUUUAUCGGCCCUCUCCCGGAAGGAGACUGACGGUGCUUCUCCAAGAUACAACAAAUGUACUCCAGCAAGUGGCAAAUGCCAUGCGUCGAUUAGGUCAUAUAGAGGAGGCAAACGAGUUUGUUUCUCUAGCAGAGUCACUGAAGAGGCCGGGAAAACAGUCGGCGGCGAAAGAGACUUCUAAUGCGUAG